GAUUUAAUUGUAUAUUCUAAUUUAUUUUAUUAUUAUUUCACACGUACUAAUAUUCCAUAGUCUUCCCAUAUGACCAUUUGAACAAAAAUAGAAAUGGUUUAAAAAUGCUGUAGACAAAAGUGUCACAUUAAUGUCUCAUCACUGGACGGACGCUCCUGUCAUUGCUUAAAGUUUCUUAUCAACCUCCCAAAAACUAAUUCAAUCAACCUAAAAAUAAAGUGAAUUGGCAUGAUUCUCCUUAAAAGUUCCUCCCAACCCAGCUAUUUGUGGAGGACGCUUACACAAGCACACAAAAAUGCCCAAACGUCAAUACAGUGAGAUUAGAGAUUAGAAAUCGCGGCCCUCUCUGAGAGGAUCAGCUUUAGGGAUAAAUCUGAGACGCAGACCCACUUCAGAUCACUCACCAAACGCGCUCAGGACCUCCAGCACCAGAGCCAAGAAGGGAAAAAACAAUUGUUUACAAAACAUCUUUGCAGAAUCACUCAGGAGGCAGAAGCGAUGUACGAGUACUUGAGUAAUAACUGUACCUGCACAUACGCCUUGGGUGCGUUCGUGCUGCUGUGGGUUCUGGUGUGGUUCUACCGGGACAACCUGGAGAUCACUAAGGUCUCGGAGAAACACGUUUUUGUAACAGGUUGCGACUCUGGGUUCGGACACCUACUGUGCAAACGCCUGGACAAACGUGGUUUCCGUGUCCUAGCCGGGUGUCUCACGGAAAAGGGUGCAGAUGAUCUGAAGAGGGCGACGGGACCUUUCCUGAAGACCUGCAUUUUGGACGUGACCAGCACAGACAGUAUUCAGAAGGCUUUGGAAUGGACCAAAAAAGAAGUUGGAGAUAAAGGACUAUGGGGUCUUGUGAACAACGCCGGGCGCUCGCUUCCCAUGGGUCCAUCCGAAUGGAUGAAAAUCCAAGACUUCGAAAGCACGCUCAAAGUCAACAUGACUGGUGUUAUCGAGAUGACCAUGAACUUCUUUCCUCUUGUCAAAAAGGCCCGUGGACGAGUGGUGAACGUGGCCUCAGUGUUGGGAAGAGUAGCCGCUAACGGCGGAGGGUAUUGCAUCUCAAAGUUUGCAGUGGAGAGCUUCUCUGAUUGUCUCAGGAGGGACAUCCAGAAUUUUGGGGUCAAUGUGUGCAUCAUCGAACCUGGUUUCUUCAAGACCCAGGUGACCAGUCUGGAGCCCAUCGAAAGGGAACUCCAUCGCCUCUGGAACCAACUGACCCCUGAAGUAAAGGAGAGUUAUGGAGACAAAUACUUGGAUAAAUAUAUCAAGAUCCAGAGGCUGAUAAUGAACACCAUUUGUGACUCUGACCUCAGUAAAGUGACCAACUGCAUGGAACACGCCCUGCUGGCCGUCCACCCGAGAACACGCUACAGCGCAGGCUGGGAUGCCAAGCUCUUGUGGAUUCCCUUGUCUUAUAUGCCCGCUUGCAUUGUAGAUAUCGCCCUGAAGCUGGUGUUGCCAAAGCCAGCAAAAAGUGUCUAGAUUUGGACGUGAGUGUAGGACCGAUUCCCUUAAAUCUUAACCUUUCACGUUCCUCUUAUGAUACACUGGAUGACGCUUUAUUUUGGGGUCUUACAAAGUAACUAGAGUUUACAAACACUAUGUGUCUGUAAAUUUAAUACUGUAGUAUUUAUGAUGCAAAGUUAUCUGGUAACUAGACACUAUUAGUAAUUUUGUAUAUUUAUGAACUAUUAUGCAACGUAAUUAAAAUGUGCCUUCCUAAGUGCAUCACCAGUUUGUGCCCAUUGGUCAUCUAAUGUAGAUGUGUUGCUUGAGUAACCUUUGGUGUUAUAUAUGUAUGUUACUGCUAAUUAAAUUCAUAUAACUGUAUAAACAUAAUUCAAUAAAUGUCAUAAGAAUAUUGUCUAUGCACU